CGCCGCCCGAUCUCCGCGCCCGCCGCCGCCCGGCCCGCCGCGCUUCAUGGCUGCGCACGAAUGGGACUGGUUCCAGCGCGAGGAGCUCAUCGGACAGAUCAGCGACAUCCGAGUCCAGAACCUGCAAGUUGAGAGGGAAAAUGUGCAGAAGAGGACUUUUACUCGAUGGAUAAAUCUACAUCUGGAAAAGUGUGACCCACCUCUAGAAGUUACAGACCUAUUCGUUGAUAUACAAGAUGGCAAAAUCCUAAUGGCUUUGUUAGAAGUCCUGUCUGGGCGAAACCUGCUGCAUGAAUACAAAUCCUCAUCACAUCGUAUUUUUCGGCUGAACAACAUAGCGAAAGCUCUUAAGUUUUUGGAAGAUAGCAAUGUUAAGCUGGUUAGCAUCGAUGCGGCAGAAAUAGCAGACGGCAACCCCUCUUUGGUUCUUGGCCUCAUAUGGAACAUAAUCCUCUUCUUCCAGAUUAAGGAGCUCACGGGCAACCUCAACAGAAACUCUCCAUCUUCCAGUCUGUCACCUGGCUCGGGGGGCACAGAUUCUGACUCUUCCUACCCWCCUACACCCACCACCGAGAGGAACGUGGCAAUAUCAGUGAAAGACCAGAGGAAGGCCAUCAAGACCCUGUUGGCAUGGGUACAGAGAAAAACAAGGAAGUAUGGCGUGGCGGUGCAGGACUUCGCGGGCAGCUGGCGGAGCGGGCUGGCUUUCCUGGCUGUAAUCAAGGCCAUUGACCCCAGCCUGGUGGACAUGAAGCAGGCCCUGGAAGACUCYGYGCGGGAGAACCUGGAGAAGGCCUUCCGAGUCGCACACGAGGCCCUGCAUAUCCCCAGGCUCCUGGAACCAGAAGACAUCAUGGUUGACACGCCGGACGAGCAGUCGAUCGUGACUUACGUGGCCCAGUUUCUAGAACGUUUUCCGGAGCUGGAAGCUGAAGAUUUUGUGGAUCUAGAUAAAGAAGACCCCAUUGAGUCCACCUUUGUCCGCAUCAAAGAAACCCCCCCUGAGCAGGAAAGCAAAGUCCUCCUCCUGACUGAGAAUGGGGAGCAGGCCUACACUGUCAACCAUGAAACCAGCCACCCGCCACCCACCAAGGUCUUUGUCUGUGACCAGCCAGAGAACACAAGGGGAUUCUGCCUGGGUGGCAUGUCCAGCCGCGCGCUGUCCUCCGAAAGCUCCACUGAUUUCAUGCAGCAGUUCAUCGACCAAGUCCUCCAGGGGAGCCCAGGGAAGUUGAGUAGCACCAGUGAGCCAGCUCCGGAAUCUUCCAUCUUGUCCACCAGAAAGGAGGGCCGGAGGUCCAACUCUUUGCCAAUCAAGAAAACUGUCCACUUUGAGGCUGACACCUAUAAAGACGCCUCCUGCAGCAAUGACCCUCUCUACGGUCCCGAACUCAGCUUUGAAGAGAGCCCGAGUGCCACCCAGGAGCUGCCGAAGCAGGAYGAACAAGCCUCAUCCAUCCAAGUGGCCCAGGAAAAGAAGCCAACRCAGGAACCCUCAGCUGUCCCGGGAGCAGCUUCCACCAGGGUCCCCGGGGACUUGCCAGGGGCAGACGAUCAUGCUCAACCCUCCCAGCAUCCCUCCUCCUGUAACGGUGCUGUCGAGGGUCCCCCUGGCCUCAGGGAGGAGGGUCAUUCUCCUCCCCACCCUGGAGAAAACACCAUCUUGGCCAGUGCCCAGGAGGUCAAGGUGAAGCUGCUGACCGUGGAAGCUGUGGAUAAGGAGGACUAUUUUGAAGGCAUCCCCUUGAAAGCUUCGAAAUUUAACAGCGACCUCGUCGAUUUCGCUUCUACCAGCCAAGUUUUCCCUGAGGCCCCUUUGCCCCAGGAGAAGACACCCGCCGAGGAGGUGGCCGCUGACACUCCUGCUGAAAAGCUAGGCAAGAAGAGGGGCAAGUCCGCCCACACCAGGAGGGAGUCGCCCGAGCCCCAGGUCAAGCGUGACAGGCAGGAGCCUCCCAAGGGCUCCGAGCAGGAGGCACAAGUCCACUCUUUGGCCCCGGACGAGACACCUGUGGAUAAAAAGCCAGAGGUGUUUGAGAAGGCCAAGAGAAAGUCCACCCGGAGUCUCAGGGAGGAAGAGGGGGAAGCCGAAGGCCUCCCGGGGGUUGUGGAAGAAUUGCCUUCCAACCCCCCGAGUGGCAGUGUCAGCCUGGAGACCCUCAGGAGCCACAGCGAAGAAGGCCUGGAUUUCAAGCCCUCUCCGCCCCUCUCCAAGAUUUCUGUCAUUCCCCACGACCUUUUCUACUACCCGCAUUACGAGGUGCCGCUGGCCGCRGUUCUGGAGGCCUAUGCGGAAGGCACGGAGGACUUGAAAAGCGAAGAUGUGGACCUGGAGGAGCCGGAGGGCUACCCCCACGAGCUGGACCCCAGGAACAGGGAGGCCGCCAGCGCCCAGAGCAGCUGCACUCUCUCCACGCUGGUUGGGGUCCUCCCCAGUGCCAGCACCCAUGCGUCCUAUGUCAACGGGAACGCUGCAGGGACCAUGCCAGCCGCAGAACCCAGUCCCCUGCCCCCCAACAAGGACCACCAGCCAAGAGAGACCAAAGAGAGUGGCCCUGAGGAGAGCCCUCAGUCCCAAGGAUCCCCACGCCCAGAAAAUAUAGCGAACCCGUUAGAAGUAAAGGUCCAGGAAGAGCCAACCAGCAGUAAGAAGAAGGAGAAAAGGAAGCACAUGGACCCUGAAGAAGGCUCGUUAUUUAUAGCACCUGGAACCGUUCGGUCCUCAGAGGACCUAGAAGAAGACGCUGGCGACCACAAAGUCCCUUCCAGGACUAGUCACAGUGACUCCAGUAUUUACAUUCGACGCCAUACUAAUAGGUCUUUGGAAUCGGAUCAUUUUAGCUAUGUUCAAUUGAGGAAUGCAGCAGAUCUGGAUGACAGAAGAAACCGAAUGUUAACCAGGUACAAUACUCAGAAGCUCACUGAGCUGAUUUUACAGUUUUAUGGCAUCAGAGCAGACAUGAAGAGGGAAUGCAAACAUGCCGGGAUGUCCAUGAAAGCCAAAAAUUCUGGAGAAGCCAUGUCCCUGGGCAGCCAGAGCCCACAGAGUGACUCCCUGACCCAGUUUGUGCAGCAGCCKGAUGUGAUGUAUUUUAUUCUCUUUCUCUGGCUCCUGGUCUACUGCCUCCUGCUCUUCCCGCAGCUGGAUGUCAACAGGCUCUGAUGUGUGUGU